UUGUGAUUGACAGGAUGACGUCAACAUGAGGAAGUGCCGAUCACGUGAGCGCGUCAGUUUCCUGUUUACUACUCGCUGCCGUUCCAUGUCUGCUACUCGGAUUGCAACAGUUUGAACGACCGGAGUUUUACUGUAGGAGCUCAACGCUGCUUUGCUGGUGUGUUUUCCGCACCAGUGACCGUUCUGCCAUGGUAUACUAAUUUGAACAGCGUCGCAAUAUUUAGAUUUUAAUUGAAAAAUGAAGACGUGACAUUGAAGAACGUGACCAGGCCAGGAGUCCUCUGGGUUUCCUAAGUGAAGUGUCCGUUAUUGGGUCGGGUUGAGGUGUGGAUAUUCGGACUAAGAAAUUAUGAAACUGCUCAGUGGACGAGAAGCUUCGUGUUCAAGCAAAGCCGCUGUCUUCUGUUGUGAACGGACAAAUCUGACAGCUUGCUAGCUUUGCUUUUGUCGGACUGUUUACGUGUUGUUGUAACACGAGCCUGUGAAAGGCUUUAGCUCGUAAGCUAGGUUGUGUAGCUUCGUGGUUCCCCCCACCCAUAUUAGUCCCUGUCACUGAGACUGAGUAGUUAACUAGCUCACUCGGCUAGUUAACUUACCAGCCGGUACCCUGAACUCUCGACGUCUCCCCGGCUCCGGCCCCCUGAAGCGGGCAGUGAGGAAAAAGCUGGCCGGGAAGGGAUGGCCUGGAGGCGGCUCCCGGCCUCACGGAGCGGCGCUGUUUGAGGGAGGUCGAGUUCGCAUCGAGCACGAGGCGACGGGCCGCGGAGCGGUGAUGGCCACCGGCAGCUUGAGUGCUUCUGGGGCAACAGCGCGGAAGAGCGAGGACAUAGCAGAUCUAAUAGACCUGUUUUCCAAGAAUCAGUACAGAGCGAAGGAGGUAACCCCACAGGUGGAGAGAAUAGAGAAGCGAUGCCUGGAACUGUUUGGCCGUGACUACAAGUACUGUGUGAUCCAGAACAGCAAUGGGGAGGUGUGCGGCCACUACCCUCGCCACAUUGUCUACUUGGAGUAUGAAUGCACCGAGCCCAAUAAAGAAAGUUUUGAGAGUACAGUGCAAAUCAACAAGUUGCAGGAUCUGGUGAACCGCAGUAAGAUGGCCCGUUGUAGAGGGAGAUUUGUCUGUCCAGUCAUCCUCUACAAUGGCAAGCAUGUGUGCCGGUCAUCCACGCUGGCAGGCUGGGGGGAAUUAUAUGGACGCACUGGUUACAACUACAUCUUCUCAGGGGGCUCUGAUGACACAUGGGCAGAAUCAGAAGAAGUCCCAGAGGAUGAUUCUGCUGUCCGGAAUGGAGAUUCACAACUGUUUGAUAAAGUGAGGGGUUCAGACAUUAAGUUGCUGAAGUAUCUGUCUGUGCGCUACAUCUGUGACCUUAUGGUGGAGAAUAAGAAGGUCAAGUUUGGCCUCAAUGUCACCUCCUCUGAGAAGGUAGACAAGGCCCAGCGGUAUGCAGACUUCACCUUGCUCUCUGUGCCUUACCCAGGGUGUGAGUUCUUUAAGGACUACAAAGACAGAGACUACACCGCUGAGGGACUGGUCUUCAACUGGAAUCAGGACUUUGUGGAUGCUCCUUUGACAAUCCCUGCAUGCUUUACGAAGAACCUGAAUAUUGACUGGAGUGAAUAUCAGUCAUGGGACCUGGUGCAACAGACACAGAAUUAUCUGAAGCUGCUUCUGCACAUCAUCAACAGUGAUGAUGAAAGUGGUUUGUUGGUGCACUGUAUAUCAGGGUGGGACAGAACUCCACUCUUUGUGUCACUCCUCAGACUCUCACUGUGGGCUGAUGGUGCUGUUCAUGCAAGCCUGGAGCCAGAUGAGAUACUCUAUCUGACCAUCGCCUAUGACUGGUUCCUCUUUGGUCACAUGCUGCCUGAUCGUCUCUCUAAAGGAGAGGAAAUUUUCUUUUUUUGCUUCAAUUUUUUGAAGCACAUUGUGUCUGAGAAUUUCUCAGUCAUUAGGAAACCGAGGAGGAAAAACUCUCAGUUCAAAGACACUGAUUUCACAGUGGAUGACCUCUGUCAGCUAAAGUCCAAGGACAGGGGUAGUAUGACCAGUUUGAGUAGCGAUUUCUCUUUAAUCACUGAGGAUACAGCUGCUCCCUCCAGUCUGUCUGCUGAGCCUGUGGAUCUGAACUCUAGCGGAAGAAAAGCUAUGACCUCGUCUCCUCAGACAGUGCUUUGGAACCGCUCAGUCCCAUUUGAGGAGCGACUACCUCAUCCACUAACAGAGGGCAGGUCCUCAAGCUCAUCGUCCUCCAACCACUCAGAGCAGGGUUUUAUCCAUACAGGGAGCAGCCCAUUGGCUGUGCCGGGGAGAAGGUGUACAUUUGUAUCCGAGAGGCAGGCUCGGCUGGAGGCAGUAAGAGAGUUGUUCCUGGCAGCUUACAGCUCCACAGUGGGGCUGAAGUCCUCCUUUCCAAGUCCAUCUGGAGCAAUCUCUGGUCUGCUGGAGCAGUUUGCUCGUGGUGUUGGCCUCCGAGGCACCAACGCCAUUGUCUGAACU